AUGUCCAGAGGAAACCAGAGAGAACUCGCCAGGCAGAAAAACCUCAGCAAGCAGAAGCAGCAGGCCAAGGGCAAAAAAGAGGGGGACCCCAAGAAGCGCAUGGCCGCUGACGCCGACAUUCUCCGCCAGAAGCAGGCCGCCGCCGACGCGCGAAAGGCAGAGCAGAACCAGUCGGGCCAGCGCAAGUAG